CUCACAAACUGUCACUCACCUCACCCUUCUGCUUCUCUCUCUCUCUCUCUCUCUCUCUCUCACACACACACACACACACACACACACAAUGCAAGUUCUUCAUGCUCCAUCUUCACCACACCUUUCUAUCCAAAGCUCAAAAGCACCAAAGUUAAGAUGGGGUUUGCUUCCUUCUCUGAGUGUCAAGUCUUCACCUUUGUUUACCAUUCAUUUCUCUCUUCAGUCCCAAAGGGACCAAAGUUCAUCAUGGACCCCUCAUAAAAGGACCAUCUUGCCCUCUGGUCCUGCCAGAGCUGCUUCUGUUGAAGUUGGCAAUUCUUCACUAUCCACUGGAACAGCUGAGGAUGAUGUGUUGAAAGCCUUGUCUCAGAUUAUUGAUCCAGACUUUGGAACAGAUAUUGUUACAUGUGGAUUUGUGAAAGAUCUGCAGAUUGAUAAAGCUCUAGGAGAGGUAUCGUUUCGGUUAGAGCUCACUACACCAGCAUGUCCAAUCAAGGACGUGUUUGAGCAGAAGGCAAACGAAGUGGUGGCAAUGCUCCCCUGGGUCAAGAAUGUAAAAGUCACAAUGUCUGCACAGCCAGCAAGACCCAUAUUUGCAGAGCAACUUCCCGCAGGUCUACGGACAAUUUCGAAUAUUGUGGCUGUGUCCAGUUGCAAGGGGGGCGUGGGGAAAUCAACUGUAGCAGUAAACCUUGCUUACACUUUGGCCGAUAUGGGUGCUAGAGUUGGUAUAUUUGAUGCAGAUGUUUAUGGUCCAAGCUUACCAACUAUGGUCUCUCCUGAAAAUCGACUGUUAGAAAUGAAUGCAGAGAAGAGGACCAUAAUUCCCACUGAAUACUUGGGAGUCAAGUUGGUCUCUUUUGGAUUUGCUGGACAAGGACGUGCAAUAAUGCGUGGCCCCAUGGUUUCUGGAGUCAUUAACCAACUUCUGACUACUACUGAGUGGGGUGAGCUGGAUUACCUUGUCAUUGACAUGCCACCUGGAACUGGAGAUAUUCAACUCACUUUAUGCCAGAUAGUCCCAUUAACUGCUGCUGUAAUUGUUACCACUCCUCAAAAGCUAUCAUUCAUUGAUGUUGCAAAAGGAGUUCGGAUGUUUUCAAAACUUAAGGUUCCUUGCGUUGCUGUUGUGGAGAACAUGUGUCAUUUUGAUGCUGAUGGAAAACGAUAUUACCCAUUUGGCAGAGGUUCAGGUUCUCAGGUUGUUGAGCAGUUUGGAAUACCUCAUCUAUUUGAUCUGCCUAUUAGACCAACUCUAUCUGCUUCUGGAGAUAGUGGAAUGCCUGAAGUGGUGACUGAUCCUCAAGGUGAAGUUUCCAGGAUAUUCCAAAAUCUAGGAGUAUGUGUUGUGCAGCAGUGUGCCAAAAUACGCCAACAAGUUUCAACAGCUGUCACAUAUGAUAAAUCAAUCAAGGCAAUUAAAGUGAAGGUACCAGAUUCAGAUGAAGAAAUUUUUCUGCAUCCUGCAACAGUGAGAAGGAAUGAUCGCUCAGCUCAGAGUGUGGAUGAAUGGACCGGGGAGCAGAAAUUGCAGUACACUGAUGUUGCUGAAGAUAUUGAACCUGAAGAUAUUCAGCCAAUGGGAAAUUAUGCAGUUUCAAUAACAUGGCCCGACGGGUUUAAUCAGAUUGCUCCUUAUGAUCAGCUGCAGACCAUGGAACGGCUAGUUGAUGUUCUUCAACCAACUGUGCAAGCUUGACGUAUUGGCUGUUGAAAAAAUCAGAUGGGUUACAUUGAUGCACUUGUGGGAAUGGCAAAGCCAUGCAUGUAUGAUAGCUUCAUUAGUCCUUCAAAUCUGCUUCAACCAAUAGGCAUAUUGUUAGAGUUUGAUACAGCAUUCUGUAAGUAAUAGGUUGAUCUUGAGAUUCACUGAACUCCUCAAGUUUUUUUUUUUUUUUUCCCUCUCUUUUGUUUCGUUGAGUAUAGCAUUUAUUUUUCAACUUUGAAUCUUCGUAUAGUAAUGUUAACAGAAAAUCUGCAUCAU